GCAUGACAUUUCCUUGCGGAUAAUCCCUCCUACUGGAACUUUAAACAACCAUGUUUUGCUCCAUACUCCUUACGUCCUGAGUCCCCGCGACUGAAAAUCCUACAGCCGAAUGUCUCGGACAUUUAUCGAUCGACUACGCAUCUUUGUGCAAGCUGGUUGUGGAGCUUCAGGAAAUCCUGCUCUUCGAGGUAAAGGUGGUAAUGGUGGAAGCGUUUACCUUGAGGUGCGAGAGAACCAAACCUUAGAUAAGUUGCUAAAGUCUAACCCAACGAAACGCUUUAAGGCGGCACACGGACUGGAGGCCAGCAAACGGCGUGGUGGGUUAUUCGGGCGGGACGCUCCUGACUUGACGAUUCCCGUUCCACCGGGAAUUUCCGUCCUCUUGGCGGGUCAGGGGAAUGCACAACCAACAAACGAAAGAGGUAGUUUCACACCAAAAAACCUAGGUGAUUUGGACAGCCCUGGCCAAAGGCUUCUUGUCGCGCAGGGCGGAAUGGGUGGUAUGCCACAGUCUGGCUACCUCGGCUCCUCUGGACAGGCGCAUUCGAUCAUAUUGGAUUUAAAGCUCAUGGCGGACUACAGCUUGUUGGGCCUUCCGAAUGCUGGUAAAUCAAGUCUGUUGCGUGCUGUUUCGAAUGCGAAUGUAAAAAUUGCCAGCUACCCAUUCACCACAGUUCAGCCACAAGUUGCUUAUUGCAAGUAUGAGGACGGUCGCUCGAUCAGUCUGGCUGAUCUACCUGGACUUGCUGAUAUAUAUGCACAAUACUCCGGGAAGCCCUCCAACACCACCCCAUCAGAUCACGAUCUCCCCGCUCUGAGACACACUAAUUUCCUGAAGCAUGUGGAACGUAGCUCGUGCUUGAUUCUUGUCCUGGACUCCAUGGGAUUUCAGCGCGAUCAACGAAGUCCUUGGCGCAGUCCUUUGGCUUGUGCCUAUCUGGUCAUACACCUGCUUGAGCGUUGGUCUCAUGGUCUACUUCUCGACAAACCUUUCAUGUGUGUCAUCAACAAGAUCGACCUUCCCGAUGGUCGGUCCGCUGCGGAAAAUGCUAUGCGGUCUCUGGAGCGAUUCUCUUCCAGCGAGGCCCGUGCAGAAAGUGGUCUACCCACGGAGCUGCUUCCGAAGCACGUGCCUUCGUUUGAGAACAUACACAUGAUAUCUGCAUUCACCGGAGCCAACGUUGAU